AUGUGGGAGGAAGACACUACUGGAAGUAGCACUGGUACAGCUGGCGUUGGAAAGAAUUUUGAUUUAAAACAACACGAUGCCGUGUUUAAUGAGCUAAUGCAAGAAUGUAAGCAUAGUGCCCCAGGGGCACGUCUUUCUGCACGUCUCCGAACGGCGCUUGAAAGGAUGCGGCCGGAGGAGCGGCGCGCGGUGUGCCGGCGGAAGCGCGACGGCUGCGCGCCGCUGUUCGUGGCGUGCAAGCGCGGCAACGUGGAGAUCGCCGAGUACCUGGUGCACGUGUGCGCCGCCGAGCUGGAGCAGCGCGGCGUGUACGAGGUGCCCGACGACCGCUCCGUGCACACCGUCACGCCGCUCUGGUGCGCCGCGGUCGCCGGCCGCCUCGAGGUGCUCCGCGUUCUCGCGGACGCUGGUGCGGAUCUGAACGCCGGGAGCGAUAGCGGCUCCACUCCCGUGCGCUCGGCCUGCUUCAUGACGCACUUCGACGUGGUCAAAUUCCUGGUGGAACGCGGCGCGGACAUACACAAACCCAACCACAACGGCGGAACAUGCUUGAUCAAUUCUGUUCAGUCUGUACGGCUGUGUACCUUUCUCCUUGAGCAUGGUGCCGAGGUGGACGCGCGUGACAUGCAGCUGAAGACGGCGCUGCACUACGCUAUCCAGGAGCACCGCCUGGAGAGCGCACGCUUGCUGCUGCAGCACGGCGCCGACCCGCUGCUCGCCUCGCGCGCCGGCGACGACGCGCUGCGCACCGCCUGCCUCAAGGGCGCCGCGCAGAUUGUAAACCUGCUAUGCUCGACGGUGAGCUACAGCCCGGCGCGCAUUGCGGACGCGCACGAGCUGCUGGGCGCCACGCAGCUCGACGAGUUCAACGAUGUGGCCGCCGCGCUCGCCUCCUGGCGCCGCGCCACAGCGAUCCGGCACGCGUACGGCGCGUACAUCGAGAAGCGGCCGGCGCGCGCCCCGCAGCCGGCGCUGGGCGGCGCGCGCGAGUGGCGCUCGGCCGCCGCGCUGGAGGCCGCCGCCGCGGACAUGGACGCGCUGCGCACGCAGGCGCUGCUCGUCGCCGAGCGCGUGCUGGGCCCCGCGCACAAGGACACCGUGUUCCGCCUCAUGUACAGAGGAGCAUCGUAUGCUGACGCGUUCCGCUACCAGCGUUGCAUAGACCUUUGGACCUGGGCCUUGCAAAUUCGUAUAGAAAAAGAUUCGCUUCUGUAUACUGACACGUGCCACACGGCGAGCGCGCUGACGCGGCUGCUGCUGGACGCGUGCGGCGGCCGCCUGGAGCGCGCGCGCGCUCUGCCGCGCCACGAGGACGCGCUGCGCGUCUUCACGCUGCUGGCCGACCACCUGCCCGAGUGCUCUGCGGCGCUGCGCGCGCGGCCCGUGCACAAGAAGCAGGCGGAGACGUUCGACCGCGCGCUGCGCUGCGUGACGCACCUGCUGCACGUGCUGCUGCGCACGGCGCGCAGCGCAGCGCAGCGCGCCACGCUGCGCGCGCACGUGCGCCGCCUGCUGCAGGCCGACGUGCGCAGCGCGCACACGCGCGACACGCUGCUGCACCUGGCCGUGUCGCGCCUCAACGUCGUGCGCUCCACCUACUUCGCGGACGAGGUGGCCCCGGUGUUCCCGUGCCUGGGCGUGGUGGCGCUGCUGCUGCGCUGCGGCGCCGACCCGCGCACGCGCAACGAGGCGCGCUCCACGCCGCUGCACGUCGCCGCCAUUCCGUACAACUUCUCCACAGAGCUGGUGGAGCUGCUGCUGCGCGGCGGCGCGCACCUGGACCAGCCCAACAAGUUCGGCGACUCGGCGGCCGAGCUGCUGGCGCUCAACCGCGGCUCGCGCGUGCGGCCGCUGCGCCACGUCACGCUGCGCUGCCUGGCGGCGCGCGCGCUGCUGGCCGCCGGCCCCGCGCCGCCGCGCGCCGCGCUGCCCGCCACGCUGCACGCCUUCCUCGAGCUGCACCGCGCCUAG